GAUGAGGCACUAUUCCUCCCCACUGACACCAAUGAUGGGGCACUAUUCCUCCCACAGACACCAACGAUGGGGCACUAUUCCUCCCCACUGACACCAAUGAUGGGGCACUAUUCCUCCCCACUGACACCAACGACGGGGCACUAUUCCUCCCACUGACACUAAUGAUGGGGCACUAUUCCUCCCCACUGACACCAACGACGGGGCGCUGUUCCUCCCCACUGACGCCAACGACGGGGCGCUGUUCCUCCCCACUGACGCCAACGACGGGGCGCUGUUCCUCCCCACUGACGCCAACGACGGGGCGCUGUUCCUCCCCACUGACGCCAACGACGGGGCGCUGUUCCUCCCCACUGACGCCAACGACGGGG